UGAAAUAUUUUUAGCAGGUUUUCAGCACGCUAGCAUUCAUUAGCUUUCUCGCAUUUUUUAUUCAUCAUAGCAAAAAAUAUAGUUUAUUUAAAAUAUGCCUUAACGCUAAAAGUCGUUUCACCCGAAGGCAUUGUUAGAUCUGUGGUAAAAGCGUGACUUGUUUUUCACGCGCCAUGCUACUCUGUUGUAGCAACAAAAGCUAAAAUGAGUUUCGCUGCAUAAAACCAGUUUAUAUUUACACUCUUUUCUUACCUACACUUGCGUUACGAGAGUAAAACAAUAAAGAGUUGAUUCAUCCCCUUUUCGUGGCACCAUGUCGAAAAGAAAAGUAACAUUUGAGGACGGAAACGAGGAGUUUGACCUGGAAGACGACGGCCCAAAUAAAAAGAGCUGUGAAGCUGUCAGUGGACCAGGCUCCAGAUUCAAGGGUAAACAUUCUCUGGACAGUGACGAAGAGGAUGACGAGGAGGUCACAAAGAGCAGCAAAUACAAUAUUCUCGACAGUGAUGAUGUGGAAGGCCAAGAAGGAGCAACAAUUGARUUUGAUGAAGGAGUGUCCAUCACACCUUUUAACCUGGAGGAGGAGAUGCAGGAAGGACACUUUGAUUCAGAGGGAAACUAUUUUGUCAAGAAGGAAACACAYAUUAGGGACAACUGGCUUGACAACAUAGACUGGGUGAAAAUAAAAGAGCAGCCUGUGAAGAAAAAGAAAGGCCUCGCAGCCAAACGGAAGCGCAGAGUGGGCGACGAAGACGAGGCUGAAGAGGAAAAGCAGAGAGAAGAACAGCAGGCGGGCGAAGAGGAGGAGGAGGAGGACGAGACGCCCGCGGAGGACCCCCUGGCGUCGCUCACGCAGCAGCAGCUCGUCGAAGCCGUGCUCGAGCUGCUGACGCCCGGGGAGACGGUGGCCGCGGCGCUGCGGCGGUUAGGAGGCCUCGGAGGACGCAAGAAGAGAAAACUGAGGGAGGAKAACGAAGCGACGGAGGAGACGACGAGAGACGCGGACAAGCUGGACAAGCUCACGGCUUUAGCGGACAGGCUGGUGGGAUCCGGGAUGUUUGAAAUCUAUCAGCAGACCUUCGAAAAGCUGGCCUACGUGAUGAAGAGCAUGAGCAGCAAGCAGCCCGCGCUGGGGAGGAAGCAGAGCGGUGACGASGAGGAGGAGGAUGAACUCGACAUGUUUGGUGAUAAAUUUGAUGAGAAGAUUGGAGAAAAAUCAGAGGAAAACGAGGAGGAAGACAGAAAAGUGAGUGAUGAAGUGAUGUGGGAGUACAGAUGGGAAAAUAAGGAUGAUUCAGAAAUCUAUGGGCCCUUCACCAGCCAACAGAUGCAGGGCUGGGUGGAUGAAGGCUACUUCAGCAGCGGGGUCUACUGCAGGAGGGUGGACCAGGAGGGAUCUCAGUUCUACAACUCCAGAAGAAUAGACUUCGACCUUUACACAUGAAAUCUGUGAACUGUCAAGAAAAUAACCAGGAGUUCUUUGAACGUUUCGCCUACAAUAUUUUUGUUUCCGGGGUUUUCCCGUUUGUUUUUCUGGAUGCUGUUUUUAAAUAAAAAAAGAGGUUUA